AACCCACAGACCUCUGCAACAGGCCAACAUCUUGAUUUGCCAUUCGUGUUCUUGUUCUACCAAACUGCCUCAGCUUCAGCUUCACCCGCUGCUUCGGACUUGGUGCUGCCUGACGCCACCCGUGUAUCCCGCCCGGCCCGCUGUAGCUCUGGUUGUCUUUUCCGUGGCUGUUUAGAUACCCCAGCUCGACAGACUCCCGUGUAAGCCACUAGACAGUGCCUAGAGGUUUUGGAUUGGAAGCGUAACAAAACCGCGCCUCAGACUAUUUAACCUUGAGACUACUUUAGCGUUUUGUCCCGCACAACACACCUCCUCUUCUAUUCAUCCCAACCUUUAUCGAAUCAUAAUCUCAAGCUUUUUGUCCUGAAUCUCAAACAUCGCCUCUAUCCACUUCGCCAUCAAUUCCAUUCCUUUCACAAUGGCCAUGUUGAAUCAAUCUUUAACGGCCAUAACGUCUGAUCCCAUCAAUACACGCUCUUCCCAUCAUGGAUCGAGUUUGGCUAUCACAAUGCCACCGCAAGACCGCUCGAGAGAUGACCCUCCAUCUCCUCCUCCUCAGCCUCCGCCUAGCCCAGCUCACUGGAGUCGCUUCGUCUCUAUUGACACACUGGCCCCACUUGACAUCUAAGUUCUGGCUCAGUAAUGUCAGCUCGUAAACUGCGAUUUCUCACAUCAGAAUUUUCCAUCGACAAUAAAUCCGCACCACCUUUGGAUCGGCUACUCGUACUCCGUGCCUCACACCUUCACCGCCACGCCAGAUUUUGUCAAGUAUCCCGUCUCAGUAACAUGGGUAGUGUAGGCUGAUUCAGGUAUGGGUUUUGGCAGCCUUGGACCUUUCUUUGUUUCACUUAUCUAGGGUGUAAUUUGGGUGUUGAGGCGUUCGGUUAAAUGAGUAGCUGGGUGUAUUCUUGCACAGCUCAAGUACGCAGACAUGCCCGUUCGAUUUCGUAACGUGCCGCCUAGCGGCGCCUUUCUCCCCAAAAUACAAACAUUUUCUACA